GUGCGAACAUGAGGAUAGAGGUGAAUUCGGCCGCCGACUUUCUGAUGAACCUGCUGCGGGUUCGGAAGGCGAACCAGCUGUCGGAGAGCCAGCUGCAGCACUUCAAGGGCUCGCUGGAACAGAUACUGACGCGCCAUUUCCAGUGCCACUGGUACCCGGACGUGCCGACCAAGGGUUCGGGCUUCCGCUGUCUGCGGAUCAACGGCAAGAUGGAUCCGAUCAUCGAGAAGGCGGGCCACGCGGUCGGGCUGAACACGGUCGUGCUGCGGAAGCUGCUCCCACUGGAGCUGACGAUCUGGAUCGAUCCGGACGAGGUGUCGUACCGGAUCGGGGAGAACGGGACGAUCUGCGUGCUGUACGAUACGGCCCAGAGCCGGGCCAGCCCCUCGUCCGACCUGGACUCGACCGGCAGCAGUAGCGGGAUGGCGUGCGACGAGUUCAUCAUGGAGCGGGUCGGCCGGCUCGACCUGUCCGUGUCGUCGGUGGACAGCGGCAACGGUAGCGGCGGUGCCAUGAUGGUCGACUACCACCUGGAGCAGCACAGCGUCAGCACCAAGUCGCACCAGCAGCAGCACCAGCACCAGCACCACAACAAGUACAAUCACAACAACAACCAAUCGAACAACCACCAUCAGCAGCAUCAUUACGCGAAGCAGCGCCACAGCAACAGCAUGAGCUCGUCGUCCAGCGGACAGACCAGCCCACCGCUGAGCCCACCGUACGGUGCUGCCGCCGGCGGUUUCCUCAACCACCAGCAAAAUCUCGCGAGAUACCAGCAGCAGCAGCAGCAUCCCCAUGGACCGCACCAGCAGCAGCAGCAGCACGGUGGCAACAACUUUUACCCAUCCCAGCCCCAGCAGUACUUCCCCUGGGACAACCAGUUCGUCAACAACAAGGUGCGCACCCAAUGUUAAGCCAGUCGACGGGUGUGGAGCAGGAGGUUACGAGGAGGAGUGCUGCGGGGCGCGCGUAUCUUUCGCGCUUUCUCACACCGAAAAGUGGCGCUCUCUCCCUCGGACCCGACGCAGCAGCAGCAGCAGCAGUGGAGAAGGGCGCGGCGGAAUGUGAUCGAUCAACAGUGUGUGUGCCCUGUUGUAAUAUGGCGGGGGCCGAAAGUGGUUCAAGUUGUAAAUUGAUUUUGCGAUAGAGAGCGAGAGGGAGAGGAAGGGAAAAAAAGAAAAUAUGGAAGCUUAAUAAUGCUGGCAAAGCUGAAGAAGAAGAAAAUCGGAGAGCACCACCCCGAAGCUGUCCUUAGAAGAUGUGUGGUUGUAUGUGUGUAUGAAUGUGUGUGUGAUCCUGCCCGUUCUUCUUCUCGCGUGCGUAUACUCUUUGGUGGUGCGUAUUUUGUUGUGCGUACGUGCGUGUUCUUCUGUUGCGUUGCGUGCGCGUCGCGUCGUGUUGUGUGAGUGAGAGAGAGGCAAGAAGAGUCAAACAAGGAGAAGGGGCGGCAGAAGAACAACAGGAUCCAAAAGUAGUGUAACCAUCACCAAUCUCUACAUAAUACAUCCCCCACCUGUGUGUACAAAUGCAAACAAAAGAAGAAGAAAGUGCGUCUGUGUGUCCUGUGUGUGUACAAAGAAAAUAUCCAUUGUGCGUGCGUUUUGUUUGUGUGUGUGUUCACAGAUGAAAAUUGUGAAUGCAGCCACAUUGAUGCACACACACACACGCGCGCUCCAAACACACAUACACACACACAUACGCAAAAUCUCCAGCAGUCGACGACAACACCACCCCACAUUGAAGCAGGCGUUGAAGUCUGUUUUUCCCCAAAUUGCCAUCAUCAAACCAGAAAAUGCGCGUGUCUGUAUUGUAGUGUGUGAGCGCAUGUUGCGUAUGCGUCAGUGUGUGUGUGUGUGUGGGUGGGUGUAUGUAAAAAAUCCUGCUAUGGGCUGCUGUGUAACGUGCGUGUGAUAACAGCUAGAAGGGAAAAGAUCCAGAAUGAGCCAGCGGAAGCAGCGGAUAGAGAGAGAGAGAGAGAGAGAGAGAGAGUUCCUACAUGAUAUAUAAUUGUUUUUUAAAUAAGGCGACAUGUUUUGUGUGAUGAGUGAACGCGCGGGUACCUUAUCGAAUAGUUGUUGUAGUAGUAGUGGUAGAGAGCGAGAGAGAAAGAGAAAGCGACACACAAACCAAUCCGCACUACCACACCACGUACACGCACAGACGACGUACAACCGAACAGUGCAAAAUACACCUAUUGUUUUGGGAACAAUAGAUCUUCGAGUGAUCCAGAAGAGGAAGGCGCACGAGCACACACGCACACACACACUGUGCAAGAAGGAAGCUGUGUGUGUGUGCAAAUGACGACGAGUGAAGAAGGAGCAAGAGCGAGAGAGAGAGAGAGAGAGAGGGAGCGAAACGGAUGAUCUUCAGCAACUAGCGCCGCGCGCUCGACAUCGUUUACUUUGAUGCCCGCCGCGUGUGAUUAACCUCCUUGUUUUUUUUUUAAAUGUUGUUAUUCUCCAAAAAAGAAAACACCCUCCCCCCUCCCCCUCCUACCCCCUGUACUACAUGACCCCGUCACACUACCACCCUCCCUACACACCACCCCGCCGCAUCCAUCACAAUCAUCUGCUGCUGCGCGGGGGUUGAAGGAGAGAGCAUGGAAUGGUGUGGAGAGCAAUAGGAUAUAAGAAGAAGAAGAAGAAGAAGAAGAAGCGAGAGAACGUGUGUGUGUGUGUGUGUGAGAAAGCGAGGAAGAAGGUGGUGUGUUGUGCGACGCAUUUCAAUUGUGAUCAAUAUUAAUUUCAAAACAAAUAUGCACACACACACUCACUCUCACACACACACACACACAUACGCGUGUGCGAAAGAUAAACCGUCUUUAAUAAUAUACCAGUAGGCAGCGGAAGAGAAAGAUGUGCAGAAAAUCGAGUCAUCAAUAUAACAGAACAAGAAGAGAAAGAAGAAACAUAUACACCCGCAUACACACAAGAAGAAACAUCACUCUUGGUGCGGUGUGUAUUUGUAAAAGUGUGCGCGCGUGCAGCAAAAAAUGAAAAAUUGAAAAUAUGAAUUGGUAAAGAGAAGAAAAGUUUUUGAGUAAGAGCAGGAACAGGAGAAGAGUACAAGCAAAAGAAAACAAAAGUGAACGAAAAAGAUCGAAAAAAAGAAGAAAAAGAAAACAACAACUACAAAAAAACUGCAACAAAACAACAAGAAACGAAUCGUAAAAAUGUAAAAUCCCCCUCCCAAUAUUAUGAUGAUGAUGCGUGUGUGAUUCGCUCGUGACUGCAUGAAAGCUACAUUUGUAAGAGCGUUUGAAAAGUAUAAGGCAAAAGUCAUAUGUUGUAUGUGUAUGUGUAUGAGAGAGAGAGAAGGAGAGAAAAGAAGAGGAAUGUGAAGACCAACUCUCGCCCUAACCCGGCAAAAGUAUAAAAUAAUAGUUUGUAAAGAAGAGCAAACACAGCAGGCAGAAACAACAAAACAACAAAACCACCCAACCCGUUAAACGAUACUAUUUUUUUUUUGGAUAUACUUUACUCCUUUUUUUCGCGCGCGAUAUGUGUUUGUAUGAGUUUUUAAAAGAUUGUUUAAAUUAAAGAAAAGAAGCUAAAGUAACUUCGCAUGCGCGUGGCGACACAUGCUACACGGAGUUGUGUCGUGCCGUAGUGAAGCAGUAGAGAUAGAGAGAGAGAGAGGGAGGAAGGAAGGCAGUCACAGAAGGAGGCCCUCCAUUCUCCCGGAGAAAAAAAAACAAACAAACAAACACCUAAACUCACCAACCAGUCCAAAAUAAUUACUUUAGUAAGAGAGCGUGUGUAAUAGUGAUUUGCAAUUUUUGUGUAUAAAAAAAAACAAACGAAACAAAAACAAAACAACCGAUGCCAGAUUUCUGUUCUUUUGUGUAUUACACUUUUAAUAUAUCCUAUCCGGGUUUUGCAUUUCCCGAACCGCCCGCUAAACCCCUCUCCUUUUGUUGGUACGUGGAAGCUGUUUUUUUCCGGGUGUUAGUGUGAUUUUCGGUCGAUGCUGCGACAGUGUUUGUCGAGUCUUUUUUUUUGUUGGCUUGAGAGGAGGACGAGGACGUCUUGUUUCUUCUUUCACACACCUUGAACAGGAAAACUAAAAUCAUUUUGUGAGUCGCGCACAAACUAGCGAUUUGCUAAUUUGCGUUUCGCUUUCUUAGGUAGUGCGUGAGAGAGAGAGAGAGUCCUUUAAUUCCACUGCCGCGGAAAAGAAUGAUAAACUGUAGUACAAAAACGCCUCGGUAGAAUCGCAUUACGGGCGGCAUUCCCGAUUUUAUACAACAAAAAAAAAAGGAGAAAAACGCUCUCAACGAACGGCCAAAAGGAGAAGCCAAGUGGGCGGCGGAGAUCGAAAGGUGAUAGAUGUGAUAGAGAAAAGAGAGCUGAUCGAGAGACGAAUGAUGAUUUUUUCCCCCUUGAUCCGAGAUAUAGCGAGUAAGCUGUGCGAGAAGCGAGUGAAUCCAGGGCGGGAAUGUGAGGAGGAGAGGGAAGCUUAGUUUAGAUUAAACGUUUGUGUUUUCUUUAGUUUUUUUUUCUUUUUUUAAAUGUAAGGUCCCAUUUCUUCCACCCUCUUCUAAUUGUCCACCCACACGACAUGAUCCACCCACCCGACCCGACCACAGACCGCCUGCUGUUGUCCCCUUAUCUGUGAAAGAGUUUCCCCAUUUUCGUGGGAACCGAUUUGAGUAUAAGAGUGUGUGUUUGUGUGUGGGGGAUUGUGAAAGGAGGUAGGGAGGGUGGGAGUUUCUAUGAGGUCGGGAAGGAGAAAGAGCAGGGUAGAGAAGGGGGGUGAUAAGGCGCGCAUUCAACAGCCACCAGCAGCAGCAGCAGCGCUGGGGUGGAAUUGAGGAAAAAAUGGCGACGAACUACAUAUUAGGGUGUAAGAAGCGAAGGGCAGCGAAGAAGAAGCAGAUGGAGAAGGGAGCUAAGGAGGAGAAGGAAUCGAUUGUUUAUAAAAAAAAACUAUAUAUGUAUACAUACGAUGAAAAAAAGGAACACUACUUUAUAUAUAUAUAUUUGCUUAUAAUUAUUUUGCUGUAACAAUUUUCGAAUCAAAGAAGAAAAGAAAAUAACAUCUACACUUGCAUUAAAAAACUUUAAAAAAAAUCAGGCUUCUUUUUUUUGUUUUCUUUCCACUCAUCCGUUUUAUGUUUUUUUUUCUCCAUCGUGUCAUACGUACCCCAUUCGCUUUCUUGAUUUUUCGUCCCUGGUUUUUUCGUUCCGUCUUCGUUUUUCUUCUCCUCCGCUUCGAUCGACUCUUCCAGCAGGGCCCAACCAUACUGCUGGCUUCAGUGGCCAUCUCAUUCGCCUCAGCGUUGUCCCCACGUGCUGCUGUCCUCUUGUGGUGCAAGGAACAGGGAAGAAGCAGGAAGAAAUGGGGCUUGUUUAUUAAAGAAAAAAAAAAGGUGAAAUGAAACCAUAUUAAUCUUAAUUUUGGGAGUGGGAUUUAUUGCAACCCCUCUUGCAGAGGGAGAAAAUAUGCAUGCGGGGGAAAACAGGGAAAGGCAAAUUUGCUACACGUGGAACUAAUGGUAAAAAUGGGGGUUGUGUUUUUGUGUUCGGUUUUUUUCCCUUAAUGUGUCCUAUCUUCGUAUAGGGAGCUUCCAAUGUAUUUUUAGAUUCUUCCAAAAGUUAAAUAAUGUUCAAGGCUUGUCAAUUGUCAUGGAACAUAAUCCUAAAUUUGAUUGGCUUUAGAGCCCCAGUUUCGUCUAAGGUUCAUUUGUGUGAACAUUCAGUUUCAAAUACUUGAUAAGACCUUUUUAAAUAAAUUAACUUGCAUCAAUAUAUGAAACAUAAAACAUCAAAAUAUAUGGAUCAUUUUGACGUAUUUAGUACACUUAGUGAGUUAUGCUGUACUAUCAAUUACUUUCGCUUCAAUGUCACUUUCAGUAAUGGUUCAAAAUUGUUAAGAAAUGCUUUUAAUCACGAAGAACCUAGGAAUGAAUUAAAAAAAUACAUUGUUGGGAAAAUAUGAAAACGCAUUAGGACGAACGAGCCUAGCGUUAAAGAUUCUUGAAACCGCCUCGAAGGUUGCAAUCAAAUCACAUCUUUCCAGUCAUCUUAGCUAGUCAGCAACUUCGGUUAGAGUAGUAAUGCGAUCAUCGAGCAUCGUUCGGUGAUCAUUUCUUACCUGUCAUGCUCACGAUUUGGAGCCUUUUUGAGAAGAGAAUAUAUCUUGGGAUUUCGUAAAACAACAGUUCAAACGCGAUAGCUCUGGGACGGUGUUAAAAUCAGGUUUUCAUUUCUGGUGAAUUGAGACAUUGGACCCAGAAGCAAUGAAGGGAAAAGUGGUUCAGUUUUGAUGAAGGCUUUUCGAGGCGAGAAAAAAAAGUGUGUAACGCCGCAGCUUUUUCCCUCCAGUUGAGCCACAAGCACAGUCCGAAAGUGUGUAGCAUCGGUGUGCCUCCUUUGUAUGGAAUUUUCACACAGCGCAUUUUCUCGCAUUUUGCUGUGCAUCUGCAUGUGUGUGUGUGUGUGUAGGCUUGCAUUUUUCCCAUUUUCCAACAAUAGGCAGAUGAUGCGUUUGUGUGUGCAACGUGCCAUCAACACAACACCCGAGCACACUUCUCACACCAAUUCCUCCUGCGCCACCAACAAACACGCACCUGCACACACACACACAUACACCCAUUGCAUUGAGUGAGUCACGUAGGCUCCUCCAAAGCAAACACACAACACACAGACACAGAUAGAGGGCCGUUUAAAAAUAGCCCAGCAAAAGACAAAGGGCUUGGAAAUCGUGGUGGCCUCCCUCCUACUGCCCCCUUUGCUCGCGAGACCGUGUGUUGGUUGGGUGGUGGCAUUGGUGGCGCAGGGCAGCCUGUGUGUUGUUUCCAGUGGCGAACAAGGUUUUCCACUCUGCCCCCCACUCUACAGAAAAACGAAGGGCGACCGUGUGCAUACAGAGUCCUCCCCUCGCGGGUGUGUGCGCCCAACGACGCAAUAAAAGCGCGUACACACACACACAUACACUGCAAUCGCUGUGGUGGUGUGGGUUGUGGUUGAGAGGGUUGAAAAUUUGCCAAAAAAAGGCACCCCUCUUUUUGCGACUGUCUGUGUGUGUUUGUGUGUAGACUACGUAGACAGGCAACAACAAGGGUGUCUAGAUUGAUCUAGGCCCUAUGAUUCUUUUUUUGUGUCGCUUUGCUGUCAUCGCUUGCCAUGAUACCGUUGUUGCUGAUUAAAUAGAGCACACACAGAGCGACACACACACACACACACACACACUGUACUGUCGUUAGGGUUGCGAGAAGCGUGUGCUGCUGCUGCUAGAUGAUGAUAAUGAUGAAGAUUAGAUGCUGCUGCUGCUGCCGACUCUUUAUUCGGCAUCGCAUGCAUGAAAACACACAACACAGCGUUUUUUGUGUUUUGUUUCCAGUCUAUGCUCGUGUGUAUGUGUGCGCUAGUAGCUAUGUGAGAGUGUGCUACGUGACUGAACGCACAGCCGCGCCGCCAGCACACGCACACACUCGCACCACAUCUAUGCUGGCUGGUUUUGCCCCGUAUGCAUGGCAACAAACAACAUGAACGCAUCAUGAUGUUCUUCAAAAUGGCUGGUCGCUAUGUGCGGCGACUAGGCCCCGGGGAAAGGUGGUGCAGGGGUUUUUGUUUAUUUUAUUGUUGGAUUCAACGUUUUUGAUGGUUUGUGUCUCAAAGCUUCAAAGCUAUUCGGAGGUUUUCAUUCGUUGGUGUUGGAGGCAUUAAGGGGGAAUUAAGAUACAUUAAAUUUUCCAACCACACAUGGAUGUGGUUUACAACAAAUUGGGCAUGUGUAUUGUGGGCAUUCUUUGUGCAUCACACUCCUUACUUUGGAUCCCAUGAAUUUAGAUUUGGCAUCCAGUGUGGCCACAGACAUUUUUUGUCUUAACACAACCUUUUUUAUUAGAAAAAUCUUUACUAACGAAGAAUUGCCGUCAAUGCUGUAAGCAGUAAAUGCUGAACAUCUCGCGCAAAGCGUUCGAAAGAGGCAUCUUGUUGCAAUUUGCUUUGGACAGGGUAGUACGGGUGCGGUGGUGUAAUUCUUCUCUCCUCAAAUGAGGAAUACAACAAACAACAACAACGUAGUACAAGACAUGUUUCUCUAAUUUAGUGACUGCCAUCAUCGUGUAAAAAAAGGAAACAGAUAAUCCUAAAGUCACGAACAAAGACGACAAGCGGAGGGAAGGGAUGGCUGUUCAAUGGUGUCCUCCAAGGAUUACAAAUUCUGCCGUUAGUAUCGUGAACGUUUUGGGUAAGCUCUCGCCCUACGCUUGCCAAUCACCAGCGUAUGUGGGUGUGUAUAUUUGUAGCAUUACUUUUUACAUUUUUGUACAUAUAACACUACACUACCAAUGCAAAACAGAAGUGUGUUGUUUUCCCAGCUAGUUGGGAAGGGGGUGAUCGGGGAAUGAGGCGGUCUAUGUCAAUGAUUCGAUUCCCUUUUUGAAGGGGGAAAGCAAGUGUUAAAGUUGCAGCAAAUGUUUAUCUAAUGCCUCAAAAACUGAUAAUUGUUUCAUCAGUUUGCUGAAGCAUCUAUUAUAAUUCGUCUUCUUUGUGUGCUUUUUACAUCAAACUACCACCACACCGGCACUUCGAUAGAAAAUUCCACCUCCAUGAUCGACGUCCAAGGGAUUGCCUUGAAUGUAUCUUCCUGUGAUCUUACUCUCGCGGCACUGCACACGGAUAGUAACCGCAAAAUGUAUGCUUUACUCAUUUGCAAUAUAUAUAUAUGCGACCAGUUUCGGGACUCGUGUGUGCAGCCGCAACCGAAGUCGAGUCAAAAAAAGAAUAAAGCAAGAUUCAAUAACUUUUUAACGAUCUGUGAUGUCGAGACAUAAUGAAGAAGCGCUGUACUUCUUCCGCGUGUCUGUCGCUAUAGCUAUUUAGCCAAUUUCUUGGAUUGUUUCUAGUCCUGUUAUAACUGGAAUUGCGUAUGUGCUGGUGGGGGUGGUGGCAGCAAAAGGAAUGGUACGAAUGGUACACCUGUGGUGUAAAAGCCGUUAUUGCAAUGCACAACGAAUGCAAUAAACGUAUACGUUCAUGUAACGCUAUGAAUUUUGUGUUCUAAGACCGCCGAAUUUGAAUUUUCCAAGAUAGCUGCUUCCUACAAUGUUCUCAACUGCUUAACUAUGUGUAUGAAGAAUAAGUAACGAGUUAGAAAGAUAGGUUUGCUUAAUAAUAAAAGAAAAAGACGUUUCCUCUCUUCCCCAAAAGGCGAAUUUAAUUAUUAUGAACUUAAAAAAAAGGAAACAAGUUAGCGAAGAGCAGUAAUUUAGGCACCUGAUCGAACAGUUGUUGUGAUUUAAUAAUGCAAAUCAAACAAACUAGGAACCAAGCUGGUCAAGUUAGAGUAAACGUAACUCUUUGUAGGAAAAAAGAAGGAAAAGAAAACAAUCUAAAAGAAAAAUAAGAAUGGUAAAACAAUCGAAAACAAACACAGGGAUAUAUUGUUUAUUAUUUUUCUGUUGUUGGUCUAAGGUGCGACUAAGUGUGAUACUGUCGCUUCCUUCACAAAACACACAUACACACACGCAAGGGAUAUGAUCAAUGGAGCGCUUAAUGAAAUAUAUUUGAAUGUGAUAAUAAAUAUUUUUAUAUAAAACCAACCAGGUACAAAUGAGAAGGCGAGAGAACAAGAGAUAGAGAGAGAGGCUUUUUAAAAAACGGCUGAAACACACUAUGGAUUAUAUAGAGAGAAAAAAAAUGGUAAAAAAUUAACAAAACGAGACAACCCCCGAGAGUCGCUUUUAAGCACGCACAUAACUAAGCCCAUAAGUUAUUUGCUUUUUUUUUUUGUUGUUGUAAGAAAACAAACCCAAAA